AAGCUUCUGAGAAAACGGUUUUUAAAACCCCAUAAGAAAAGACAAACCAAAAAGAAAAGGAAAGCAGUGUUCAUCCUUGAUUUUCCCUUCUCCGGCACCGGAAUACCAACAUUCUCCGUAAUGGCCAACCAGUCCUCCUCCUCCUACCCGAUCCUCUCCGCUUCCUUCAAUCAGGACAACAGUGGCUUUGCAAUAAGCACCAAGAAUGGUUUUAAAAUUUUCGAUUCCAGUACAGGAAGACUAUGCUAUGAACGAGCUGCUGGAGGUUUUACCAUUGUUGAAAUGCUGUAUAGCUCUAGUCUUCUUGCCAUUGUUGGAGCUGGUGAGCAGCCAUCUUUAUCUCCUCGCCGUCUCUGUUUGUUCGACACUAGAAGAGGGGCUCCUCUUCGAGAAUUAAACUUUUUAACUUCAAUUCUUGCUGUUCGUUUAAAUAAGAAAAGACUCGUGGUUGUUUUGCAAGAAAAAACAUACAUAUAUGACUCAAACAGCCUUGAAAUAUUGGUUACUAUAGAUACUGUUCCAAAUUUAAAAGGACUAUGUGCAUUCUCCCCUAGUUUGGAUGGUUGCUUCUUGGCUCUUCCUGCAAGUACAACUAAGGGAACUGUUUUAGUGUACAAUGCCAUGGAGCUCCAGUCACAUUGUGAGAUUGAUGCUCAUCGUUCACCUUUGGCAGCAAUUGCCCUUUCAUCCAAUGGGCUGUACAUUGCAACAGCAUCUGAACAGGGAACCAUAAUCAGAGUUCAUAUGGUCUCAGCAGCAACCAAGCCAUAUAAUUUCAGGAGGGGUACAUACCCAUCAACCAUAUUUUCCUUGUCGUUUGGCCCAUCAAAGCAACUUCCUGAUAUUCUUGUUGCCACAAGUUCUUCAGGUUCUGUUCAUGUUUUCUCUCUAGGGUUUGGUGUAAAUCCAAGGUGAGAAACUUAGAAUAGACAUGCUCGCAUUUAAGUUUAUAUGAAAAUGUAUUUUGGAAACAAUAAAGCACAAAAUAUAUAUAUAUAUUAUAUCAUUAAAAAUUUCAGAAUCCCUUUGCCUUUUAUUGGCAGGAACCAUGGCUAUCAAUCAUAGCUAUUGCUUCUGGAUGUGCACUGACCACUGAGGUGGUCUCAUAUUUUGUUUUGUUUUUCAACAGAUGAUUUUUCCUUUUCAUUACUAGUCACUUUUCCCUUUCUUUGAAUAAAAUACUUCUUUCAUUAGCCUUUAAUUAUCAUUUUUUUUUCUCCCUUCAUCCUUUGUACGGAUUCUUUUAUUUCAAGUGCAACUUAGGUUACAACUUCAGGAACAUCCUUAAAUUUUGUUCUCAAUAUCACAUACCUUCCCUGUGUAAUGUCAUCCAUGUUUAAAUGAUGUUGUAAGCCUAUUUUGACCCUGAAAGUUGUUCUUCUUGCUUCUUCCUUCAACACUUAAGGGUAAUUUUCCUUUUUCUGAGUCUUGGGGACUGAGUGCUUUUGGUGAACACUAAACACUGAAGUAUUUGAAUUGGGGCAUUCAAAAGUUCAAGUGACCCAGAAAGAUGGUGGUAUCAUAUUGUUACUUUGUUAACCUAAGCCUAAGAGUACUUAUUUGAAAUUGUUGGAAACCUAAGGGCUAAGGGGUUUUAAACAUUAUGCUACUUCAGGGAACCAGUAAAAGUUAUAUCUUCCGUAAAGUCUUUAGCAGAGCACAGUUUUCAAAUGAAGCUUUCUAUUUAUGUGUUGGAAGUUUGAUUUUAGAUUAUCAUUGUAUCAUGCCAUGAUAGAUUCAAUAUGUCAACUGACUUCUGUUUCUCUCAUUCAAUUUUUAACAUUUGGCAGAGCCAGGAGAACUGGUGGCCUUCUUGGAGCCAUAUUGCCUCAUUCUGUGAGUGAUGCUUUAGAUCCAGCUCACCACCAUGUGCUUCAGAAUGCUGUUCCAGCAGGGUCCAGAAGGUGAC